GUGUGUGUGACUGUCUGUGCCUGAGGGCACAGUGUUUGUUACUGUGCAGGCGUGACUCAGUGUCCUCCCGGCUGUGACUAAAGCUGCGUGUGUGACUGCACUGUGUGGCAGUUGCUCUCCAGUCGCACAUGUGUGAUUCCUUGUAUCACAUGGAGCUUGCAUGUGUGCCACCUGUGUCCUGUGUGUUUGUGUGGCUUUGUACGCCUCUCUGUGUGACACAGUGUGACGGGGCAUGUGGUCGUACCUGUGCACGAUCACCGACUGUGAGAGUCGGUGCAUUACUAGGUGAACGACGCUGACAGUCUGUGCCUCUGAGCAUCUGGCGGAGUGACAACUGGUGUGAGGACGCUGUGAGGACGUGGGAACCCCAGGGUGCCGCUCAAAGGGAGACGGUGCUUCUAGGAGAGUCACCCAUUGCUGGGAAUCUGUGCCUGCUUCCAGGGCCCCUCGGGGACUCACGUCCUGGGACGAUGUCUGGGGUCUCUGUGUGAGCCCGCUUGUAGCAGGUGCGACUGCGGAGGAGGAUGCCUGGCCUCCAUGGGCCGGAUCAUAAACGGCGAAGACUGCAGCCCUUACUCGCAGCCCUGGCAGGCCGCACUGUUCACGGAAGAGGAGUUCUUCUGCGGGGGCGUCCUGGUGCACCCGCAAUGGGUGCUGUCGGCCGCGCACUGUUUUCAGAACUCCUACACCAUCGGGCUCGGCCUGCACAGCCUUAAGGACAACCACGAAGAAGGCAGCUGCAUGAUGGACGCCAACCUCUCCAUACAGCACCCAGAGUACAACAAGCCCUUUUUAGCCAACGACCUCAUGCUCAUCAAGUUGAAAGAAUCGGUGAUCCAGUCGGCCACCAUCCGCAACAUCAGCAUCGCCUCCCAGUGCCCCACCCCUGGGGAUUCUUGCCUCGUCUCGGGCUGGGGUCUGCUGAAGAACGGCAGCCAGCCCAACGUGCUCCAGUGCGUGAAUAUCUCGGUGGUGUCGAAUGAGAGCUGCAGUGCGCACUAUGACGCCUUGUACCACCCCAGCAUGUUCUGCGCUGGCGGAGGACAGGACCAAAAGGACUCCUGCAAAGGUGACUCUGGGGGCCCCGUGGUCUGCAACGGGUACCUGCAGGGCCUCGUGUCUUUCGGACAAGCCCAGUGUGGCCAACCCUACGUUCCAGGCGUCUACACCAACCUCUGCAAGUUCACGGACUGGAUCCAGAAAACCAUCCAGGCCAGUUAACUCCUGAGGCUGGGACCCCUGAAACUGAACGCCCGAAUAUAUGCAGCUGAAGGAAUUCAGGAACCUGAGUUCGUAGUGCCUUUCUCCAUCAGACCCUGGAGUCUAGACCCCCAGCCCCCUCCUCGCUCAGCCCCAGGAAUCCAAUCCCACCAAGUCUUUUCCUGUCCACAGCGCCCCCUGGUGGCACAGUGUUGACCAGCCUUGCCAGUGGUAGAGAAAGUUGGUUUUUCACCUUUUUUUGUUCCUUCCCCUAAGUCCAGAAAUAAAGUCUAAGGAAGCACGGGC